GCACAAAACCGAGAGACUGAUGAGGUUAACGCAGACAACCUCAAGUAAAACAGAGACUUUAACCAAACCAUCUGUGAAAUAUCCUUAACGACCCAGAUUCUGUUUUCGAUAGUUGUAACAACUUCUCGCGAUAUUUGGACUCUGUAGAAGAAGUUAAAAAACGAUCAAGCUGAUGCUGUACGGUAAGACGCGCUUCCUCUUCUGAAUCUAAUCUAAAUUUAAAGUAGUCCAUCAUACAUUUGUUGGUAACUAUUAAACUUUUAUCUUAGUUCAAUUUUUGUAUUGUAUAACUAACCGAAAAGUGAAAGGACGAGCUUUCAAUUCGCUUUUUAAAUGAAUUUACUCAUAUAUGUCUAUCUAUAUCUAUAUCUAGCUAUAUAUAGCAUUGUAUUUUACCGUAGAUAAAUCUUAAGGCGGCUUAUCUCAACCGGGGAUCCCCGGACUUCCAUCCCAGUCACGCCGAUAAAAAUAAAAGGAAAACGUCAUUGUUGGCAGCCGUGAGGUUUGUUUUGGCAAAAAAAAAAUCCCCAGUGACCGGGAUAAGAAUUUGAAACUUGCAGUCAAGCUGCUCCAAACUCAACAGAUGAUAAGUUUGUGCUUUACUUUUUUCCGCCUUUAGGCUUCAGAGCCUGCCAGGAAGUUCUCAAGUUGUAAGAUUUAAUAAGAAUCAAAACAAUAUGUUAAAAUUUGUUGGAACAUUCAUCAGUACAAGUAAUUAUCAAAAAUGUAACAAAAAUUUAAAAAACUAAAAGCAAAUGCUGCGUAGCUGUAGGCUACUGUUUUCAUGGCAACUUUACAGCCCUCUGUGCAAACACAAUUUAGUUAUGAUGCAAUUUGGAUUUUUUUUUUUAAUUCUUACACUUCAUAUCAACUUAUCCACUGUAAUAAUGUCUGUAUUCUUUUUCUUUAUCAUGAUUGUAUAUUUAAAAAUGUACUAUCUACUUUCUUCUAAUAGCUUAACCAAAAUGAGCAUCCAGAAACAGGAACAGGUGGAGAAGAGUUAUGACCCACAGGAUACCACCAUGAAGUUUGUGGACAGGGAGGACGACUUGGAUUUUGUGUGUAAGAUGAUUUUUUUUCCUCCCCCUUAUUGACUAAUUUUGUCUCAGAAAUUGGAACAAACAGGAGCUGCAGUUAUAUUUUUACUUUAUUACUGACAGGGACUUCAGACAGUCCAGAUAGUUAAACUUUUACUUAACCACUGUCAAAUAGUGUGUUUUACUUCCUUCUCCCUCCAAGCACUCUUUAUCCUCCUCUGUGUUUGAACACUGUGAUAGUUCACAACAGCUAAACAUUGGCACUUUUGUGUAACCAUAGAUGCCGACUAUGAUGGUCUCAAAGCAGAGCUGUCCUGCGGUCAUGCUGUAACUCCAAAAUCCCUCACAGACUGGUGUGUCAGACAGCUAAAGAAGGUAUCUCAUGCCCUAAAAACACACUAUAAUGUAUUGAUAAAAACAUAUUGAUGCCUGAACUGAAGUUGAAAAUUGAAACAAUACAUUAAAAGCUUUUCUGUUGGGCUUGCAGUUAUCAUAACAGACGAAAACUUUGAAAAAAAAAUUUAAAUGGAAAAAUAAACUGAUAAUACUAUAUUCAUAAGCUUUUGUUUAAUUUUCGAGGGUCCAAAUUGGAUUUUGUCUUUGUUGUCUGAAGGGUAAAUACAAAUUCAGAUGCCCUGCAGCUGUGGAAGGCUCCACCAAAGUGUGUAAUAAACGUUGGUCGUACCGGGAGGUGAGAAGACUGGCAGAUUUGUCUGUUGAGGAAAUGAUCUACUUUGAAGAGACCAUGGCACGCCUGGCUGCUACAAAAUACUGUGAAAUAAAGCCGGUAAGCAAUCCACACUUUUUCACUGCCACGUGGCAGAGUUGAACAAAGAAAAAAGGACCCAAAUGCAGAACAAAAUCAAAUAAAAAAUAACAAAAUCUUACUUAAAAAACCCCAUCAGGAAACGAAGGAUUCACACAUAAAAGAUCAGGGGAAACAGACACACAUACACACAAACAUCGACAUACAAUGAACCAACAAGGACAGAGGGGAAGACAGGGACUAUAUACACAGUGGGAAAUGAACAACAGGUGAGGCAGACCAGACACAGGUGAAACUCUUGGGUGAUUAACAAAGGAGGGAAAACAAGGGAAGUAAAACCAGACUAGAAACACAAGGAAUCAACUACCACAAAACAAAAUAGGAAAACACUGAAAACUGAUCUGCAGAAUAAAGCACAGAGAACAGGAGGGAAACAGGGUCAAACACAAACUGAAAACUUACAAGACAGGACUACAGGGGAACAUGAAUGGUGGGGAACAAAAACUCUAGGGAAAAUAGACUCAAAUGACAAAACCAGGGAAAAACUAAAUUAACAGAAAAAGGAAAAAUCAAGUGCUCCGAUUUAAGAAUGCUCUUCAUACUGUCUGUUUUUCACAUCAGUGCCCACAGUGCAAAACAAAUUUGGAGAGGGUGGACCUCGGUAACCUGUGUGUGGUGUGCACCAUCUGUACGGCUAAUCAGAAGAAAACCUACCAGUUCUGCUGGCAGUGCCUGAAGACGUGGAAAGGUCCCGGCCCUCGAUCUGACCGCUGUGACAAUCAAGGCUGCAUCAAUAAGGACCUGGAACUUCUGCAGACCUGUAAGAGCAUCAGUCUGCCUGCAGUGAAGGGGGUCACCGAAUGCCCCUCUGUGCGAGCCUGUCCCACAUGCGGCAUGGCUGUGGAACAUAGCCAAGACUAUUGCAAAAAUAUCCACUGCCCUCGCUGCAACGUGUCAUUCUGUUUUGUCUGUCUGAAACUGAAGGUUACAUGCAGCAAAACAAGUUCGCCUUAUGCAAUCUGUCCAAGUGGAGUGGCUCCCAGACAGACCUCCAUCCCGUUGUGGAAGAGGAAAUAAGAAAAGCGGUGGAUUUUGGUACCUCUCAAGGGGCAACCCAGCUCCUGUUGUCGAUAGAGCAAUAACAAAACCCUGAAAACUUACCUUAAUUUUCAGGGUCAGCUGCAUGUGUAAACACAAUUGCCCUUGUGGCCUACUUCUAACUUUUCCUGCCACCCCAAAAAUUCCUGUCGUUUAUAUUUUUAAUAACAUUCUUUUAUACACAGUAUUGUAACAGUAUAGAAGGCCGCCAGAGACAUUUGUGAUAGAAUUUUCUUUCCUAGCUCAGUUUUCUACAAGUGAUCACAAGGGCGUAUGUGAUGAAUGAUUCUAAUGAAACCAAAUUUUGGGUAUAAUUUUCAGUUUGUGAACAAAAUUCUGAUUUAUCUGUAGACUAUUGUCACCAUAGCCCACCACUUAGCCAGCUAACUCGCUAACUAGCAUUUUGAUGAUUCUUUUAGUUUGUUCUUUGGACAAAUGGCUUGUUUUUCAGUGGCUUAAAAAGUGUGCUGCCAGUAUAAGAAUUGUUUUUGUUUUUAAUUGGACUUUACUCUGUGUAAAAACAGAAUACUUUAAACAGCAAAGAAAAAAAACAUUGCUAAUAUCAGAGGGCAGUAAUAAGUCAAAAGCUUAACUUGUCUUGGAGAACAGUGCAGUCCGCUUAUCCAAUAAUAUGGCCCACGUUGCUUUAUUGUUGGUAUACACAGGUUUAAAAAAGCUCAUUUAGAUGUUCAGCUUUAACACCAACCCUAAAAACUAUUCUGGAGAAGGAUUUCAAUGUUUCAUCAAUGAGCUAGGAAAGAAUUCAAGAAAGCAGUCAAAGGUGGGACUGUCUCGAUCUGCACAGUAGCUUCUUUUUGACACUAUUUGGGGAUUUGUUUGGGGGGAUGCCUCUUUCACCAUCGUCCUGAAUUUUGGCGUCCCACAGAGCGGUAUGAUUGGUCUUCAUUUGUUUUAUCUUAAACCUCCUGUAAAUAUGUUUUUCAUGUUCAAGGUUAGAUAUACUCAUGUGUAUGAAUGACGAAAAUAUGUUUCUGAGUUCACUUUUCACAUAUGUUAAAAGGUCAUUUAACUUUUUUGUUAACUAAAUAAAACACUGCAUUUAUGAAC